CCCUCCCACUUCUUCGUUCCUUUCGUUCGCGCCGGUCGCGUGGUGUAAAAUUCUUCAAUUUACAACACGUGUUGUUUUUGUGAAAAUUCUGAAUCAGGGACAGACGCAGUGCGGAAUUUUAGUGUUUUAACGCUGGAGGCACACUCUUCUCUUAAUCUUAUCGUAUUUUGAUUCCCGUGAGUAUUCCGAAGCCAACAUGACUGAGGAGAAAGAAGUAGCCGUGGAGAACGGCCAAGAAAAUAAGGAGACGAAAGAAGUGGACAGCGAAUUGGAGAGCGCCAUAAUCCGGCAAGUGGAGUACUACUUCAGUGAUGCCAAUUUGCCGCGUGAUAAGUUCCUGCGGGAGCAGGUGAAGCUGGACGAUGGCUGGGUGCCGCUGGACGUGCUCACCAGGUUCAACCGUCUCGCCAAACUGUCCACCGACACAGAUCUCAUAGCCAACGUCUUGAACAACUCUACCUCAGGGCUCUUGGAGGUUUCAGAGGACAACAAGAAAAUUCGUCGUAACCCUGAGCUUCCCAUCCCAGAGAUGAACGAAGAGCGUCGCAAGGAGAUGACAGCUCGUACAAUUUACGCUAAAGGUUUUCCCAAAGAAGCCCUUCUGGACGACAUCCUCAAGUAUUUCAAGCAGUUCGAAGAAGUAGAGAAUGUUAUCAUGAGGAAAUAUCUGGAGAGGUCUACCAAACGUCGCCUCUUUAAGGGAUCUGUGUUUGCCACAUUCAAAACUAAAGAUCAGGCUACUAAGUUCAUGGAGACAAAGGAUUUGAAAUAUGAAGAGACUCCAUUGAUCACCUUCUGGCAAGACGAAUAUCUGCAGCAGAAGCAGGAGGAAUACCAGGCCAAGAAGGACAAGCGCGAUAAGAAACACAAGGACAAAGAAGAAAAAGAUGAUUUCAAGUUGCCAACGGGAACAGUGUUCCACUUCAGUGAGGGUGCAGAUACCAUGAAGAGAGAAGAUGUAAAAGAAGCUUUGGUGAAAUUAGGUGCUGAAGUAGCAUACAUCGACUUCAAAGUAGGCGAUACUGAAGGUUGGGUACGUUUAGCUAAAGAGAAUUCUGCAAAAGAAAUUGCAGAGAAAAUUACUGACGGCAAGAUCAAAAUAGGAGAAAAGGAUGUUGUAUUCAAGAUUUUGGAAGGUGAUGAGGAAACAGAGUACCUAACAAAAACUGUUGAAGAAAUGGUAAAACGGCGCAAGAAUCAGAAAAACAAUAGCAGGCAAAAUAAGGGCAAGAACAAGGGAGGCUACAAACAAGGAAGGAAGCGUCGACAGGAUCAGAAUGACGAUGGACCCCCGUCUAAAGUGAAGGCUGAUAGUUAGUCAUAGUUAUAAGCUAAAAUAUUUUUUACAAAUUAUAAAGUACAGCUAAUUUCUUAUAGACUGUACUAUUGUUACAUUUAAGACAUUUGUUUAUCUACUUGACCCAUGGAAAUGUCAUUAAACUUAAUCCUGCAUCAGCAACUAAAUUUUUUCUACUAGUAAUGUAGAUCUAUGUUUUUUGCCUAAUAAUGUAUGGUUACUAUAGGAU